GAGCUGCAGCGGAGAAGUUGCGCCGGAGCCGCCGCCGAGCGCCCGUCCCGGCCAGUCCCGGCCGCCGCAGCCUCCGCGCCCUCCGCCGCCCCGGCCCGAGCGGGACAUGGCUGAGCGCAGCCUCCCGCCGGGAUGGAGGUAGCCGGGCCCUCGGGGAGGGCUCCCGCCCGCUGCGCUGCCAAUCCUCCCGCGCCGCUCGGGGCUCGCUAGGGAUCUGCCUCUGCCUCACCUUUCGCGCUUGCCGUGCCGCUUGGCUUAACCCGUCUUUCCUAUGGCUGGGAUAUACAGCUCGACUCUGAAGACCCUGGAGGAUUUAACUUUGGACUCUGGUUAUGGGGCAGGGGAUUCCUGCAGGUCCCUUAGUCUCUCUUCUUCCAAGUCCAACUCGCAAGCCUUCACCUCUUCUCAGCACAGAGGCAACUGGUGGUACUACUCGGGCUCCAUGAACAGUAGGAAUAACAGCUGGGACACCGUGAACACCGUGCUGCCGGAAGACCCCGAGGUCGCAGAUAUCUUCUCCAAGUGCCCUAAGCUGCCGGAUCUGGAGGAGUACCCUUGGACCGAUGAAGACAUCGGCAGGAUCCUGCGCAAAGGGAAGGGAGAGGGCCCGGGCAGGAGCUUUUCGCAGGAGGCUGUCAGGCGGCUCUCGCAGCUGCUGCGGCGCGCCCUGAUCCGGGUGUCGCGGGAGGCUCAGCGGCUCAGCGUGAUGCACUCCAAGUGCACCCGCUUCGAGGUGCAGAGCGCCAUCAAACUCAUCCAGAGCUGGGCCCUGGCCGAGAGCUGCGUGCUGGCCACCGUCAAGGCGCUCUCCCUGUACAGCAUGAGCGCCGGCGAUGGGCUCCGGAAAGGCAAAUCCGCCCGCUGCGGCCUCACCUUCUCGGUGGGCAGGUUUUUCAGGUGGAUGGUGGACACGAGGAUCUCGGUGAGGAUCCACGAGUACGCGGCCAUCUCCCUAACCGCUUGCAUGGAGAACCUGGUGGAAGAGAUUAAGGCUAGGGUUUUGGCGAGUCAGAGCCCCGAUGGUGGAGGGGAGAUCUCGGCUGAAAUCCUGGAGAUGGUUAUCAACAACGAUGCGGAACUUUGGGGAGUGUUGCAACCUUACGAACACCUCAUCUGUGGGAAAAACGCUAAUGGUGUGCUGUCCCUCCCUGCCUACUUCAGCCCCUACCACGACGGCUCGGUGUGCAGCGAUGGCCGGGCCGACGCCUACGCGCAGCUGGAGCUGCGGACCCUGGAGCAGUCCCUGCUGGCCACCUGCGUCGGGAGCAUCUCGGAACUGAGCGAUUUGGUCUCGCGAGCCAUGCACCACAUGCAGUGCCUGAACACCAUCCGGCCUGGCAUGAGCCCUGUGAGGCAAACCCGGCAGCAGCAGCCCAUCUCCUGGUCCCCUGAUGCCCUCCACACCCUCUACUACUUCCUACGCUGUCCCCAGAUGGAGUCCAUGGAGAAUCCCAACCUGGACCCUCCGAGGAUGACGCUGAGCAAUGAGCGCCCCUUCAUGCUGCUGCCGCCGCUGAUGGAGUGGAUGCGCGUGGCCAUCACCUACGCCGAGCACCGCCGCAGCCUGACCGUGGACAGCGACGACAUCAGGCAGACGGCCAGGCUGCUCCUGCCGGGGCUGGACUGCGAGCCACGCCAGCUCAAACCUGAAUGCUGCUUCAGCUCCUUCAGGAGACUGGAUGCUAAAGCUGCUACUGAGAAAUUCCAGCAGGACCUGGGCUUCCGCAUGCUGAACUGCGGGAGGACGGAUCUGAUCAACCAGGCCAUCGAUGCGCUGGGCCCCGACGGGGUGAACACCAUGGAUGAUCAGGGUAUGACCCCCCUCAUGUAUGCCUGUGCUGCUGGAGAUGAAGCCAUGGUCCAAAUGCUUAUAGAUGCUGGAGCAAAUUUAGAUAUACCAGUGCCCAGUGGCUCUCCACGAUACCCCUCGGUGCAUCCCGACAGCCGGCACUGGACUGCGCUCACCUUCGCCGUGCUGCACGGCCACAUCUCCGUGGUACAGCUGCUCCUGGAUGCUGGUGCCCACGUGGAAGGCUCUGCCGUGAACACUGGGGAGGACAACUAUGCUGAGACCCCCCUCCAGCUGGCCUCAGCUGCAGGGAAUUAUGAGCUGGUCAGCCUGCUGCUCAGCAGGGGCGCUGAUCCACUGCUGAGCAUGCUGGAAGUCAACGGGAUGUCAUCGUCACUCCACGAGGACAUGAACUGCUUCAGCCACUCAGCAGCACAUGGCCACAGGAACGUCCUGCGCAAGCUCCUGAGCCAGCCGCAGCAGGCCAAGGGGGACGUGCUGUCCCUGGAGGAGAUCCUGGCCGAGGGCGUGGAGAGCGACACCUCCAGCCAGGGCAGCUCCAGCGAGGGGCAGGUGCGGCUGUGCAAGACGCGCAUGAAGGCCCUGCAGGAGGCCAUGUACUACAGCGCCGAGCACGGCUACGUGGACAUCACCAUGGAGCUCAGGGCCCUGGGAGUGCCGUGGAAGCUCCAUGUGUGGAUCGAGUCCCUGCGGACAACCUUCUCCCAGUCCCGCUACUCUGUGGUGCAGACCCUGCUGAGGGAGUUUGUCACCAUCAAGGAGGAGGACUACAACGAGGAGCUGGUCACUGAGGGGCUGCAGCUCAUGUUUGACAUCCUCAAAACCAGCAAGAAUGAUUCCAUCAACCAGCAGCUGGCAUCCAUCUUCACCCACUGCUAUGGCAGCAGCCCCAUUCCCAGCAUUCCCGAGAUCCGGAAGACUCUGCCAGCUCGGCUGGAUCCUCACUUUCUGAACAAUAAAGAAAUGUCUGAUGUAACUUUCUUAGUGGAAGGAAAGCUCUUUUAUGCACACAAAGUCCUGCUGGUUACUGCAUCUAACAGGUUCAAGACACUAAUGACCAAUAAAACAGAGCACGAUGGCCACGGCAGCAAGACUGUAGAAAUCAGUGAUAUGAAAUACAACAUUUUUAAGAUGCUGAUGCAGUAUUUAUACUAUGGAGGGACAGAAUCCAUGGAAAUUCCCACCACUGAUAUCUUAGAGCUGCUGUCGGCUGCCAGCCUGUUCCAGCUGGACGGCCUCCAGAGACACUGUGAAAUCCUCUGUGCCCAGACCAUCAGCAUGGACAACUCUGUCAACAUCUAUAAAUAUGCAAAGAUUCACAAUGCACCAGAACUGGCCUCUUUCUGCGAGGGCUUCUUCCUCAAGCACAUGAGCUCCCUGCUGGAGCAGGACUCGUUCAAGCAGCUCAUCUACAGCAGGAACAGCAAAGUGCAGGGCCUGGACCCUCUGAGGGACCUGCAGGCAGCCCUGGCCGGGCGCCUGCACUCGGUGUACGUCACCUCCAGGGUGUGAGGCAGCCCCGGUCCCGCUGGCAAACCGCGCUGCUCUGGGGCUGGCUGCCCCCUGCACCUUCCUGAGAGUGCCCUGGAGCCUGAACGGGCACCCCCCGGGCACAGGGAGGGGAGCUGCCUUUCUGUGCUGCUGCUGCUGCCACAGGAACAACACUGUCACACAACCACACUGCCACGGCCCAGACACCAGCUGGGCUGCAGGGGAGAGCCCCAACCACGGCCAGGGGCGCUGCCCUUUCCACGAGCACGGCGCCGGCCCGUGGAGAAAGAGGCAAUUGAGCUAAGCCCAGCACUAAUACAUGGGCUUAGGUUCAUCCACACAGAUGUUUUCCCUGUAAAAAGGCUGCCUAGAAGGAGUUUCCUGAUCCUAAAGCCCAUCCCACGAGCCAUCUGUCUGCACACAAAUACUUCCCCUCAGUAGUACCAGCGUCUGUGCAUCGCUACAGACCGACAGAAACUUCCCCCAAAACUGUUUGCACCUUGAGAGACAGGUUUUGUAUGCUCAAAGCUGAGUAGAAACUAAUACUAACACUGAAAUUACUCACUCUUUAAGCCUAAUAUGAGGAGCUGAGCUGGGGCAGGGAGGGGAGGGGAAAGUUGGGGAUUUGAGUGUUUUGAAAUACAGUUUCACUGUGCCAGUUGUUAAUCUGGAUCUGUUUUGAGGAGAAAGAAAAAGACUGUCUACCCUUUUGCUGUCAAGGUCUGAUAGUGUCAGUCAGUCACUUUCUUCAUCUUAAAAGCCUGUUUCUGGACAUUACCUGUGAGACCUGACCUCACAAAAGACACUUUGUAGAAGGCUCAGGUGUAGCAGGAGCUGGCAAUAGGCUGAAACACUGCCCAGUUGCAAUAAAAGCAAUAAAAUCCUCCCCUGGCCUCCAAAGAACAUCCAGCUCAGUGGCUUGCUCUCUCUCUGGUUGGGAUUAAGGAAAGACCUCUAGCUAUUCCCACUGACCUGGGCUAAGCACCCUCCAAAAAUCAUUUGCCAGGACACUUCCGUUUGUUGUAGAUGGGUGAAUAAGAGGAAACCAAAUUUUAAGUGGAGACCUAUUUAUUCCUUAUUAGAAAUUCAACAAUUUAUUCCCAUUGUAUCUAAACACAGUGGAAGAAGGAGGCUCAGCUGGGCCCAGGCUCCAAAGCCCAGUACAGACACAGUUUAGAUAAAGGGAAGGAGAAGGAGCCACCAGCAUCUCCCAGCAAAUCCAUCAAAAUCUGACAUGGCCUUGUUCCUAAAGGAUUUACACAGAGGCAAAUUGCAUGCAUGGAUAAGGAUUUUUAGUCAGCUGACAGGUUGGUCAGGGCACACUCCCUUUGUGCUUUAGGUACACAUCUGCUGAACAUCACCAGCUCCAAUAACCCUAUUUAUUACAGAAAGCCAUACAGGGGGGUCAAAAUUAUCACUGAGAAAUGCCACAGAAGGCUUUAUUUUGGAAAGUAUUUUCAAGUAGCUGCUCCAGCUAUCUGUACAAAUAUGUAGGUCCUCUUUUGUUGCUGUAAUAUUACAAUGCUUUGUUUAAUUGUACAUUAAUGUUGUCAUUUAUGUAAAUGUACCGGGAUUUUAUUAACAACAUAAUUUUAAAAUACA